GGAGCAUAAAUAGGAUGAGAGCAGCUUAGCCAAAUGGGAGACCAGUCGUCCAGUAUGGCCACAGCCUCCAAUGCAGUUUCUUUCAUUCUGUCUUAUUUGCUCAUAAUAUUUCUUCACCUUGCCCAAUCUAAGUGCCCAAAAGAAUUCCUCUGUAGCAACCGGAGCAUUCCUACUUUUCCUUUCACAAAUAUGUCAUUUCCUGAUUGUGGGUUGGUUAAGUUAGGUUGUAAUGUUGUCUCAAGACCUCCUACACUAGAAUUAGAUGGUAAGUUGUAUAACACUAUAUUUUUUGGGGAAGAGGAUUUUGUGGUGCUUUCUGAUCCAGUUCUCAAUGAUCACUUGAAGAACCGAAGUUGUGAUUCUUUCAAUUGGAACUCGUCUACUUCCUUUACCAAUUCUCCUUCCAUUUUAUUUGAUGUGCCCAAAUCCCAAUUCCUUUUCUUGUUUAAAUGCAUCCAAGGCUCAUCACACCAUAGUCGGGAGGAGAUAGAUUAUUAUUUUAAGGGAUACAAGAGCUAUAGUAACUGUAAAAACUUCACUCUAUACUACCAAGAAAAUCAUCAUAUUAUUCCCAAAAACAAAGUUCCUAAAGAUUGUUCGCUUGUUCAAUUGCCAUUUGACAACUCAACCAAAAGCAAUGAUUUAUUUGAGGAGUUAACUCCUGAGAUUAUUUUCUUUUGGAAAGUGUCCGAAAAAUGUUCAGAGUGUCACUAUAGAGGGGGCCAGUGCCAAUCUGAUAGCAGCAACAAUUUCAAGUGUUUAGAAGGAAAAAGAAAGGGGACUGUAAAAGGAAGAAAGGCAAACCUGAAUCAAAUAACAGGACAAGAUACGGUUGGGGGAGAAAAUAAGAGGAAGAUGAUUGUAAUAAUAGCUUUUUCUGGAAUUGGAGUCGCGGUGUUAAUGAUUUUACUUCUCUGUCUUGGAAGGACUUUCUCUUACCAUCUUAAAACUCAAGAUGAACGAAACAUAGAAGUCUUUCUAGAAAACAAUGAGUCGCUCUCUCCAAAAAGGUAUAGCUAUUCAGAAGUCAAAAAACUCACCAAUUCAUUCAAAGAUAAACUAGGUCAAGGAGGUUAUGGUUGUGUCUACAAAGGAAAUUUACCCAAUGGAACUCUUGUGGCAGUCAAGUUACUAAAGGAAGCAGAAGGUAGUGGUGAGGAAUUUAUCAAUGAGGUGGCAAGCAUUAGUAGAACUUUUCACGUUAAUAUUGUGACUUUGUUAGGGUUUUGUUUUGAAGGCCGCAGAAGAGCUCUACUUUAUGAAUUUAUGCCUAAUGGGUCACUUGAGAAGUUCAUUUAUGAUAAAACAAUUCAAAAAAGUCGCCAAUUAGGAUGGCCAACAUUGUACAAAAUUGCAAUUGGUAUUGCUCGGGGACUUGAGUAUCUCCACCGUGGCUGCAAGACACGAAUUUUGCAUUUUGAUAUAAAGCCACAUAAUAUUCUUCUAAAUGAAGACUUUUGUCCAAAAAUCUCAGACUUUGGUCUUGCAAAGCUGCACACAACAACAGAGAGCUUUGUAUCAAUAAUGGGAGCACGGGGAACAAUUGGAUAUGUUGCCCCAGAAGUUGCUUGUAGAAACAUUGGAGCGAUUUCUCAUAAGUCUGAUGUGUACAGCUAUGGGAUGAUGGUACUAGAGAUGGUUAGCGGUAGAAAGAAUGUUGAGGAUGAUGUAGAUAACAAUAGUGAAAUAUAUUUUCCGCAUUGGAUUUACCGCCAAAUUGAACUUGAUAAAGAGUUAGGAUUGAAAGGAAUUACGAAUGAAGAGGAUAUGGAAUGUGCAAGAAAGAUGGUUGUGGUUAGUUUGUGGUGCAUUCAUAGUGAUCCCUCAAUCAGGCCAUCAAUAAGUAAGGUGUUGGAAAUGUUAGAAAGCAAUACGGAUUCUUUGCCAUUUCCUCCGAAACCUUACUUAUAUUCUUCCUCAACAACCGCGGUAAAUUCAUCUACUAUACCUUAAUUAGUUUUAACACUUCCUUUUAGCAGUUUGUUUCAUGCUUAGUCUAUAGAAAAUCACAUAUGUAUUACUUUUUUCUACCAUGAUUAGAACUACAUGGUUUAUGAACAUUUUUCUGGAUGAUGCAAAAUUGUUCUUAAUG